GAAGAGUGUACUAAAAAGGAAACUGAAGGGUGAGAUAUGGAAUUUUCGUUGCUCCAUAAACGUGCAGUGCCGGCGUUUGACUCUCCGAUUUCAACUACGGCUGCCCGUCCCGCCAGAACUCCUUCUUCCACCUUUCAUACUCUUUGAUCGCGAGAGAAUGGCCGCCGAGGCUCAAGAAGAAGCCCAUAGAUUCUUCGUUGCAGUUCAUGUUGGUGCGGGAUUUCAUGCUCCUUCCAACGAGAAAGCCCUCAGAUCAGCCAUGAAACGCGCUUGUUUAGCUGCCGCUGUAGUUCUUCGAAAGGGUUCAGGCGGCUGUUUAGAUGCUGUUUCCGCUGCUAUAAAAGUUCUAGAGGAUGAUCCAGCGACAAAUGCUGGACGAGGCUCAAAUUUGACGGAAGAUGGUCAAGUAGAAUGCGAUGCUAGUAUUAUGGAUGGUGAUACUGGUGCUUUUGGAGCUGUCGGUGCAGUGCCAGGUGUCCGAAAUGCUAUCCAAAUUGCAGCUUUACUGGCAAAGGAACAAAUACUGGGAUCAUCUCUGCUGGGCCUUAUACCUCCGAUCUUCCUAGUUGGUGAAGGUGCUCGUACUUGGGCAAAGACCAAAGGCAUUUGUUUGCCAGAAACUAUUGCAGAGGCUAAUGAGUGGUUGGUGACAGAAAGGGCAAAAGUUCAAUGGAAAAGAUACAAGUCAAUGGUUGAACGUGCAAAAAAAGAGAAAGGAACUUCUAAUGUAGCACAUUCUUGUUGUCCUCAAGAUAAUGCUAGAAUAUCAGAAGUCCAAUCACACAAUCCACCGGAAGGCACCACAUGCCAGUCAUCAACACGAAGCAACGAAGAAGAAGAAGAAGAAGAUUGUACUAUGGAUACAGUGGGUGUUAUAUGUGUUGACAGUGAAGGACAUGUUGCAUCUGGGGCCUCGAGUGGUGGCAUUGCAAUGAAGGUCAGUGGACGUGUGGGAUUAGCAGCAAUGUACGGUUCAGGCUGUUGGGCUUCCUCAAAAGGUCCGUUUGGGGCUCCCUUCAUGGUCGGGGGUUGUGUUUCCGGUGGAGGAGAGUAUCUCAUGAAAGGAUUUGCAGCUAGGGAAUGCUGUGUAUCAUUAUCACUAUCACAGGCAGGUCCCGGCUCUGCUUGCAUGAAAGUUCUACGCAAUUUUGUUCAAGAAAGCAGUCAACAUAAUGCAGAUAAGAGUGCUGGGAUUUUACUCGUCCAGGCCGAUGCUUCUAAAUCGGCCCCGGGAAAUCCACAGAAGUUGAAAGCUGUGGAGAUAGCUGCUGCUUAUUCUUCCCUUUCGUUUGGAAUGGGUUACUUUGCAAGCUCUAUGGAUCGACCCAAGGUGUCCAUUUUGCGGAGUACAAAACAAAACAAUAAGAUGGGAAUUGAUCAUUUUGAAGCACGUAUAGAUCUUUCAGACAAUAGGAAGCUCUAAUAAACCCAGAAAGGAAAUGCAAGAAUUAAGCCAAGGCUUUCUCUUUCUCCAUCACGAUUCAAUUCCACAGAGAAAAGGUCACAAUUGUUAAAAAUUUUCAUACCGUUUUAUUAUUACAGAACAAUUUGAAGAUGCUGAACUUAAAAAAUUAGGUUCAGAUUAGAUGCUAUUCUAAUUCGAGGUUUUAGUUUUUAAUUUAUUGGAUGGGUAUGGGGUUGAUUGGUGAUUAUGGAUGCACCAAAAUGAAAAAGAAGGGGAAUUUGGUACUAUAGUUUAUUUAGUAAGAGGAGCUAAUAGCAAUUGAGUGGUUACGAUGGGAAAUUGAUGAAACUUUUGAUCAAAGAAAAACAAAAGUUCAAUUUGGAAUGUUAUUACUUAUUGUGAA